CAAUCUCACGCGUUUUAAACUACCGCUGAUCUCUAUUGUACGGAGGCUCAUUUUACCCAUGCUACAAAGGCAAGAAUUUUCUAUUUCUAGAACAACAACAAAAAACAAUGGUCUUCUACUUCACUAGCAAUGCUGCAUUUCCUGCUAUAUACACCCUCUACAUGGGACUUGACAAACACGAAAAUGAAGAGCUGAUAAAAUGGGGUUUCCCUGAAGAUGUAUGGUUUCAUGUGGAUAAGCUAUCUUCAGCUCAUGUAUAUUUAAGAUUACCAAAGGGAAAGACAUGGGAUGAUAUACCCCCAGAAGUGCUCGAUGACUGUGCACAACUAGUGAAAGCGAACAGUAUUCAAGGUAAUAAAAUGAAUAAUAUCAAAAUUGUUUAUACUCCUUGGAGUAACUUAAAGAAAACUGCUGACAUGGAAGUUGGUCAAGUAGGAUUUUACAAUGACAAGCAGGUUAGACUUAUUCCAGUUGUAAAACGGCGUAAUGAGGCUGUCAACAGAUUGAAUAAAACCAAAGAAGAAAGAUUUCCUGAUUUAAGACAAGAGAGGGAACAGAGAGACAGGGAGGAGAGAGAAGAAGAGAAAAAAAGUCAACGGGAAAAGAGACAAAAAGAGAAGGAGGAAGAAAAACGACGAAAAGAAGAAGCAGCUUUAAGGAGUUACGACACAUUGAUGUCAGCAGACAAUAUGAGAUCAAACAAGGAAUGUCAGUCAGAUGAAGAUGACUUCAUGUAAACAGAAAAAGACUUAAUAUGAUGGUCUAGUAAGCUUAUCCUUGGAAAAUACAAAAUGAUGUUGGAAUCCGAACUUCUCCUUUCAAAUAUAAUUCAUUUUUAGUAUUGAAAAGAAAGCUAUACUUUAGUUGGUAUAUUUACUUUAAAAAAGUGUAUUGGCCAAACCAUGUCACAAAGGGUGGUUCAAUUUAUGUGAAAACCCCUAAGGUUAGGCAUCAUUUUCUAGAGGCGCCUAAACCUACAGAACCACCCCUGCAUCAGACUGUUUUGAAAUUGUGUUACACUAGUGCACAGCUGUAAAACUAAUAUUUUUAUGCAGAGAUGUUUCCUCCCUCGCAGGCAUUUUUAGGCAGGCGUCUCUAGUGACGCCUGCCUAAAAACGCCUGCAAGGGAGGCUAGCAGAGGUGUAGAUCUAUGGGGGGGUUGAAUUGAAUAUUUGAAUAAUUAAAAAAAAAAACGGAAAUCGAUUGAGUUAUAACUUUUGUACGUAUUUAGACACAAACCGUUCAGAUCUAGAUGUGUCUAAUGACCUAUUUACCAGAGCAGAGGAAUUGUUUACAAUAUGAGAAAACAUAUUUUCAAGCCAUUCCAAGGGUAGUGAAUUAAUGCUAGACUCCCUCUGGUCACACCCUGUCUAGGUCCCAUUAAAAAAAAACUAAAACAGGCAAUCAAUUUGUCUUAAUAAAAUGGAUUGUUGCUUUUA